ACCUCCAAUAACUGAUUUGAAUCCACUUUCUCUUUGACUGACUGAAUUGUAACUGACUGAAACCAUCUCUCAUCUUAAUGAGAUGUUAUGUUAUAUAUGUAGGGUGGGGCGACGCACAAUUGGCAUAGCGUCGUCCGGGUUAGGGAGGGUUUGGCCGGUAGGGAUAUCCUUGUCUCAGUAGGUAAAAUGUAAUAAAAAUGUAUGCACUCUACUGUAAGUCGCUCUGGAUAAGAGCGUCUGCUAAAUGACUAAAAUGUAAAUGUAAAUGUAGCCUGGAAAAUGCGUUAUCGUUAAGAGACGUUUUAGGUGGGUCUUAAAUGUCCUAACUUGCGCUGCCUGAAAUUGGCACUUUGGCAGAUGUUUUUAAGGACACACCUCAGACAUUGCCAUACCUCCCACCGCAGUGCAAACAAACUGAUGGUAUACAGGUAAAAAAUAAAAACGUCCUAAAAUAGCUCACACACUUCAAUUUAUAUUGCGUUAAUAUCACUGGAUAAGUAGUUAUUUUGGAACAGAACUGUUUUCAUCCGUUUUAUACUCGCAUUCCAUGCAUGGCUUCAAAGGACUUUCCGUAAAGCUUGUAUACACAUUUUAAGAUAAACACACAACCUCUUGAGGUAAGAAAACGAUUUAGAUUAGACUAAAAUUGCGGAACACUUUCCCUUUAAUCACUCAGCUCAGUGCGGAGUGGGGGUGGUAUAUAAAAUUAUUGAAUUGUUAUUAGAUAGUGGUUUCAUCUGUCCUAGUCUACAACGGUACCAUUCACUACAAGCAAAGCACCAGCCAUUGCAACUGCUUAACAUGAGUUUCUGACCUUGUAUUUUCAUCUAAAGUCAGCUUGGCUGAAAUCCAGGUGCAGAUAUCACACUAUAGGUUUCCAAUCAAAAUUAUUAUUCUAAUUCCUAUGGCAAAUGUGGAGUAUUUAUUUCCAAUAUUCUCUAUUUUAUGUCAGUGUGUGGCAUCACUCCUGUCAACAACAAAAUAGUGGGAGGUCAAGAUGCCCCUGCAGGAAGUUGGCCCUGGCAGGCAAGCCUCCAAGAAUCUGGCAGCCACGUUUGUGGUGGGUCCCUCGUCAACAAGGAGUGGGUGAUGUCUGCAGCCCACUGCUUCUCCAGCGCAAGCCCAAAUGGUUGGAGCAUUAUCCUUGGUCGACAGAACCAGCAGGGCAGUAACCCCAAUGAAGUGUCCACAACUGUGGAUGAGAUCAUUUUACAUCCAGCUUACGAUGGAAGCACACAUGACAACGACAUCGCUCUGCUCAAACUCUCCUCACCAGUUAACUUCACUGAUUACAUCUUUCCCGUCUGUCUGGCAGCAAGUGACAGUGUUUUCCACCAGGGCACUGAGAGCUGGGUGACUGGCUGGGGCAAUGCCAAUGAAGGAGAUCACCUACCCCCACCCCAGACUCUGCAAGAAGUGGAGGUUCCAGUUGUGGGGAACACACAGUGUGACUGCCUGAAUGGGGUCAGCUCAAUCACAGACAACAUGCUCUGUGCUGGUGUUCUGGAAGGGGGCAAGGACUCAUGUCAGGGUGACUCAGGAGGUCUAAUGGUGGUUGAACAGAACUCCGUCUGGGUCCAGUCUGGUGUUGUUAGUUGGGGUUAUGGCUGCGCUCGGCCUAAUCUCCCUGGGGUCUACACUAGAGUGUCCAGUUACCAGUCCUGGAUCAACUCCCAGAUCAGCACCGACCAGCCAGGCUUUGUGGAGUUUACAUCCAGUGGGGUAGAUGCUGACAGCAGUUAUAUCUGUCCUACUGUCGACCCCACUGACACAGAUUCAAUUUUUGAUAAUGGGAAGGGUUUGUUCGGCUCCCUUUAUAUGCUGAGUGCCUUGUUCAUUCUGUUUCUUACCAUUUUUUAAAUAAUUGAUUCCUACAAUCAAGGGCGGGGUUUUAUUGGCAGCCUGAGUCCAUGUACUAUUCGUUCGGGAGAUUUCUUUCAUAGUAAAGGCUGAUGUGCCCUGGGAAAACAAAAGUGGGGAAGGGGGUAGCCUAAUGCCUAAGGUUCUAUCCAGUGUAUGUGCAAUUACGUCUUUGAGUUACCCCAGAUCUGCUCCCCUUUUCCCUGGGCACAUCUUCCUGAGUGAGUGUUGUUUUCAAUGGGCCUUACUAUUGUAUUGAUUUAUUUGUGAAGAUGGAUAACUUGAAAUAUAUAUUUACCUAUUCAUUUAAGGGGCAAUAAGAGAUUCAAACAAACGCACACCCUGCUUUGGUAAACAGCUGAGGGAUAGGGCUGGAGAAAUGUAACUCAAAUUCAUACAGACCUUUAGGUGCAAGGAGUGACUGAUGGCUUUAACAAUGUUUUGUAAGGUUUACGAUGUUGCUUUACAAUGAUUUUGUUUACAGACAAUAGAGUAAAACAUGCUUAUAUUUUUGAUGAAGUUGCACUAAGCUCAUGAGGAAUUUUAAGUUGUAUUGUUCUAGAAUUAAUGGCUAUAUAUCUUUAAAGACGCACUCCAGAAUCCUUUUCAUUUUUCACGUGAAUUACUUAACAAAAUUCACAUCUCAGUAGGUGGUCCAGGUAUCCUCAUGACAUAGCAAAAGGGGGAGGCAGAUGACGUCCAGUAAACCCAUCAGACCAACUUAUUUAAUGGCCAACUCUCGAAGUUGCUGGAGAGUGUUUUUUAAUUUAAGUCUAAAAAUGGUUGUACCAUUCCCAGAUUGCCCUUUUAAUAUUUAACAAAUUACAUAUCCUUUUGCUUUGAAAGCUGUAUAACAAUGCAAAAUCAAAGAUCAUUAUGGCCUAGUGGUUAGUGGCGCAGCCCCCAGAGCACACGUUGUGUCGGCGUGGGUACUGCCUACAUGACACACAGUCGUCUCUUGUCUUUCAUGUCUCCUCUUUCUAUCUUUCCUAUCAAUAAAGCAUGGGUAACACUAUAUUUUAAUCAGGUUCACAUAUUAACCAACCAUGAAGGAGGCACUAUGUUACCGAAAUGUUGGUUAUGAUGUUUACCCAUUAAAUUGUUGGGCGCAUA